AUGGAGAACGCGAAGAAGAAACAUUCGACAACAAUGCGAGAAUUUCGAGAGCUGGAAAAACGGUUACUGAAUUUAGAACGAGAGCACAACAAGUUGAUAAGACAGAGGAAUUUUUAUUGUAAAUCUGCGUCGAGUACACGACCUUAUCUAGCAGAGAAGAUUGCUGCUAAACUACGACCUCAGACUGCAUCAUUGCCGCAUUUCAAGAAGGCGUCCGUCAAAGAAUCGUCCACUGGCGAAUGUGUUUCAAAAGAGAUGGAAAAGUCAGCGGGUUUUGAUGGUAAAUGGGCUGACAUUGACAUUGGGAGGAGGACUGAAGAAUUUGAAACAAAACCCACGUGUAAUGUACAGAAAGACGGAGACGACUUGUACGCAAAAAAUGAAAUCUUUUCCACCAGAAUUACAUCGUCCAGGGCAAGUUUCCGAACUUGUAGUCGGAAUUCAUCGGCUAAUAACGGGAAUGCACCGCUCCAUUAUCGGAAUUAUUCGGCGAAUAAUCGGAAUCAUAAUCGUCCACCCUCGGUAGGGAGUCGACAUUCAUCGGCACAUGGUCGGAAUUCAUCGGCACACAGUCGGAGUUUACCGUCGGAAAUUUCUCAUCUGGGAAAUCGUCGUAACAAAUCGUGGGUGUACCAACCGAUGCCCAUCCACCCAGAAAGACAAAGUAUAUAUACAUUGGUAGUCCCCCCCGUCCAUGUAGCUGAGGAGUCGAAGAAACGACUGAAGAAGCGGAAGCGUCAGGGGGGUGGGGGACGGCACGUGGCAUGGAUGGACAAUCGUGAACAUGUAUUGAGGUUUCAAGGGAUACCAAGGGAUUUUUAUGUGCAUGAUAAGAAAGACAAAAAUACAGAGAAUGAUAUGGACAAGUUAAAACACUGUAGAUAUCUGCGCUAA